AUGUCGUCCCAGAUGGAAAAGUCAACUAUCCUCUCCACGCCCCUGCACGGCCUCUACAUCCCAUACGCACUCAUCAUCGUCGGCACGCUCAUCGUCAAGCGCGAAUGGAUCGGCUACGGCGUCAUCUUCGCGACCACCCUCGCGGCUCUUAAGAUCUGGCGCGGAAGAUCGCGCAAGGUGCUCAACCCAACCAUCUUCCAGGAGUUUGAGCUCAAGGAGAAGACCAUCAUCUCCCACAAUGUCGCCAUGUACCGAUUCGCGCUCCCCAGCCCAAACGACACCCUCGGCCUCCCCAUCGGCCAGCACGUCAGCAUCGCCGCCUCCAUCGACGGCAAGGAAGUUGUCCGCUCCUACACCCCUGCCUCCUCCGACGAUGACCGCGGCUUCUUUGAUCUUCUCAUCAAGUCCUACCCUACCGGCAACAUCUCCAAGUACGUCGCCGGCCUGCAGAUCGGCCAGACGAUCCGCGUGCGCGGCCCGAAAGGCGCAAUGGUUUACACCCCUGGUCUCGUGCGCUCGUUCGGCAUGAUCGCCGGCGGCACCGGCAUCACGCCCAUGCUGCAAAUCAUCCGCGCCGUGCUCAAGAACCCGGACGACAAGACCGACAUCAGCCUGAUCUUUGCCAACGUCAACGAGGAAGACAUUCUGUUGAAAGACGACCUCGACGAGCUCGCGGCGAACCACUCGAAUUUCAGAGUCCACUACGUGCUCAAUAAUCCAAAGGAAGGAUGGACCGGCGGCGUCGGCUUCGUUACGCCUGAGAUGAUCAAGGCUUGGUGCCCGGCUCCGGCUCCUGAUAUCAAGAUCCUCCUCUGCGGUCCCCCUCCCAUGGUCAGCGUCAUGAAGAAGGCAACCGCUGAGCUCGGCUACGAAAAGGCUAGACCCGUUUCCAAGCUCGAGGACAUGGUUUUCUCAUUCUAA